UGUUUACACCGCUGGAAGGCUGGAUGGCCGGUGCAGCUCUCAGUUAUGGCAUGGGACAAGCAGUGUGUAAUAGAAGACCGUAAAGCAAUUAUGGAUACGGACACUUCAGAUAACACCAAAUCCCCCCCAGAAGCCAGUAUUGAAAGUAUUGGAGGCGGAAGUACGGUAAAUAAAGGAUUGUCCCUCCCCGAGAGUUCACAUCAGUGUCCUGAUUCUCAGGCAUCUUCUGCUGGAGAUCUUUGUGGCAGUGUGCAGCCUGAUUCUGAAGACAGAAAAAGUUGUGAGGCCCGGUGGUUACAGGUAUUUCAACUUGUAGAGAAGCAGUGUCAAGAGCAGAUAGAUGCCCAGCAAGAACAAUUUAACCAUCAAUUACAGCUCGUCCGUGAGGAAAUUAAACACUUAGCCCAGUUACAGGGAAGCAGCUCUCCUUGGAACAGUAGGACAGGCGAUGCCAUCUUAACUCAAGCAAGUGGAGCCCAUCCUCCAAGUGCUGAUGCUGGACAGCAUUCCCAAGAUGAAGAGAGGGGAGAAAGCACCAACACCGCAUUCCAUCUGUUUAGAGAACUUGAUAUUCAGAAAAGAGCCUUCAUUACACAGGAGCACUUUCCGGAGAGUAAUUCCAUCAGCAGCGGCUAUGGAACACUUUCUGCCUCUGAGCCAAAUGCUUGUUUAAGCAGCUCUAGUCAAAAUACCUCAAGGAAGACCAGUCUGCCUACAAAACAAACUUUUGUAGAAUGCAGAACUGAAUUUACCAAGCAUCCUCAUACACCUGUGGACAAUGAAAAACCUUUCAUACUAGUACCUGAUACAAAAUGUCUAUCACACCUUGAGAAAUCUUCUGAAGGAAACCUGUCAGGAAGCCUUGUAAACUAUGGGAAAAGGGUUGUCAGCCAAUCCAACCAGCCAAGCAGUAAAUCACUGACAACAUGGGCCCAGAAGCUGAGACAGACUCAUCAAAAAAGAUCUGUCCAAAUGGAACAAAGCUCUUCGACACCACAGCCAAAUCCACACCCAGAAAGAGAAUCUGAAAACACAGAUAUCUCUCCAAACUUGUUUUCCCUCAACAAUCGUGCAGAGAGUGUAAAUUCCCUAUUUUCUGCAGGAUCUGGGUUUACAUACUGGAUGUUGGAUGAAAAGGACUUAUAUCAUCCUUUGCCUGACAACCUUGAAACUGGAGUUUCCAAAAUCUUUCACACCAAAGAGCCUGAUGAAGCAAGGAUUCCAUCUCUCACAGAUAUAUAUCAUCGGAAGCAAAGAGAAUAUGCACAGCGGCCUGCCUGGGAACCACUCCCUCCUUCUGAACACACUCACCCUCCAGAGAUAUUAACAUUGGAUCCAACUCUACACAAAAAGCAUCUUCAUGGUGGUAAUCUGUGUAAUGAUGGCUACACAGCUCCUUUAACCCCAGACUCUAUUUUGGAAAGUGCUCCAUACAAGCAAUAUGAUGAAGAAUCUUUGUCUGCUGCCUCAUCACUGUUGGAUUCACCAAACAGAUCUACUCACAGCCCAGUGGCAGAUGCUGAGCAGUGGAAAUCUAGUAGAUAUCAAACAAGUAGGAAUAUAAACUACCAGCCAUGUCAAAGAGAUGCUAGUGUUGAUGAAAGGAUGAACUGUACUGAGGAUGAUGUCAAUAGCUUGACUCCUUCCUCUAUACCUCAGUCACCAUUGCCAGCUGCGGAAGAAAGUAUAUCCCACCCUUCUGGUGUCCUCUCUGUGGAUCACCCUGUGAUGCUUUCCAAUAUCAGACGGAGUUUAAGAGAAAAACAUGCACGCCACUUGGCUGACCUACGAGACUACUAUGAAUCAGAAAUCAGUAACCUGAAGCAGCAGCUUGUAGCCAAUAACAAAUCUACUACUACCUCGGAGGAUCUGAUGAAGAUGAACAGCUUGACUGAGCAGUGUGCUAAUAUGGAAGAAGCUUUGGCAGAAGCCAGUAAACAAAUCUAUAUGCUUGAGAACAAAAAAAUAGUGAUUUGGAAAAACAAGUGGCUGAGUGGAAAGAACGGUACUACAGUGCCAGCAAUUCUUCAAAAAAAUCUGCAAGAGCACAUUGAGGAAAUGAGAACAAGGAGCAAGGAAAAGGAAAAUGCAAUCAGCCGACUACAGUCCAGGCUCAAAGAAGUUGAAGGGUCAUUUGAAAAAGCUUUCAAACAGUCUGAUGAUAAAGAUGAACGAAUAAAGCAAGAGCACAAAAUGUUUCAAGAUCUUUUGUUGGAAUACGAAUCCCUUGGAAAGGAACAUGAAAGGGUUAAAGACACACUAGGCGUGACAGAAAAUAAGUUGUGUAAUGCACAAUCUGAUGUGAAUGAACUCAGAAGGACAGUUUUAAAGCUGGAAACACAGAUUAGGCAACUGGAGCAUGAAAACAUGGUGAAACUUCGACACAUUGCUGAAGGCCAGUCAUGGUCAUCCAAUUCAAGCAAACAAUUGUCACACACUGCUGGUAACUUGCAUACUGUGGAUACUGCACCCUGGAAGUCGGUGAAAUCUGAAACACUGUGUACUAAUCAACCAGUUGACAAUAAAGCCAUAGAGAUGGAGAAUGGAAUGAACAUGACACUUCAUAUGUGCCAAACAGGUACCAUUCCCCACCAGAAAAGGAUGCUUUACAUAGUUAUAUGGCAGCUAAACCCAAGACAGAAGACAGCAGUACUCAGGAGAGUCCGAUUCUAAAAGCCUUAAGAGACUUUGAAGAAGAGAAGGGGCUAAAGGGCUGGAAUAAAGAAAGCUCAUUUCAUAGACUGUCAAGUAAACAGACCGUGGCGUCCAGUGACUGCUAUACUCCUCGUGCUUCUCCAGAUAAAAGUAGAGAUCGGCAAAACCGUCUUAACUCUCCAGUUGGUCCACGAUCCUCUUCACUUCCACCUUCAAUCAGGAAGACAUCCACUGUUACCACCCCAACAAAGCGUGAAUUGAUGUUAAUCCCUUUGCAAGUGAAGUACAGUCCAAAGCGUUCUCCAAGUGAGAAUCUUUCUCCAGGGUUGAGUCCGUUGUUAUGUGAUGAGGAAAACACAGUGACAAGGUUUGAUGUUGCUUGGGCAGAAUCAUCAAAGUGUAAAGAUCCAAGUCCUAGAAAGAGGCUUCAGUUUAUGUCUUUGGAAGAUUCAGAAGAGAGGCAAAAAACUGUCAUUAUUCCAGAGAACAACACCCAGCCACAGCUCCCUCUAGUAAUGCCACCAUAUGAGACUGAAAUCACAUACAACGAGAGGAUGAAAAACAUAGCCGACACAGAGAGGCUGUUUGAUGAGCUAACAGAGGAGAAAAAAAACAGAUAGAAGCUGCUCUCAGCCGAAUGCCAAGUGUUGGUCGAAGAAUGAGCUUGCAGAUGCGAGCCAUGAAGGAAAACUUGGAAGAUCGCCUGGAAAAAAUUAACCGUGAUCUGGGGUCAAUCCGAAUGACACUGAAAAAAUGCCAUAUUUUACCAACGUCUGCAAAUAUUUAG